AACGCAGUGAGUUAGCUAAAAAAGAAGAGGAGGCCUACUUUCAGAGAUGUGGCUACAAGCCUGUAAAUGAGAAGCCACCUGGAGAGGUACAGCAGCAAGAAGAGGAAGAGAAACCACUGACUUCAUCAAAUCCAGUGCUGGAACUUGAACUGGCAGAAGAAAAGUUACCAAUGACCCUUUCCAGACAGGAGGUUAUCAGGAGGUUACGAGAGAGAGGUGAGCCGAUCAGACUGUUUGGAGAAACAGACUAUGAUGCUUUUCAGCGUCUGAGGAAGAUAGAAAUUCUUGCACCUGAAGUGAACAAGGGCCUGAGAAAUGACCUGAAGGCUGCUUUGGAUAAGAUUGACCAGCAGUAUCUGAAUGAAAUUGUAGGCGGCCAAGAAGCAGGAGAUGAUGACUCUCAGAAUGACUUGAAAGUCCAUGAGGAGAAUACUACUAUUGAAGAACUGGAGGCUUUGGGAGAAUCCUUAGGACGGGGUGAUGAUCACUAUGAUAUGGACAUCAUAACGAAAUUCUUGAAGUUUCUUCUAGGAGUUUGGGCUAAGGAGCUGAAUGCCAGAGAAGACUAUGUGAAACGGGGAGUCCAGGGGAAGCUGAACAGUGCUACUCAAAAGCAGACGGAGUCGUACCUGAGGCCUCUCUUCAGAAAACUUCGGAAAAGGACACUUCCUGCCGACAUCAAAGAGUCAAUAACAGAUAUUAUUAAAUUCAUGUUGCAAAGAGAAUAUGUGAAGGCCAACGAUGCCUAUCUUCAGAUGGCCAUUGGAAACGCUCCCUGGCCUAUCGGGGUCACUAUGGUUGGCAUCCACGCUCGAACGGGUCGUGAGAAGAUUUUCUCCAAGCACGUCGCCCACGUCCUCAACGACGAAACUCAAAGGAAAUAUAUUCAGGGGCUGAAGAGACUCAUGACCAUUUGCCAGAAGCACUUCCCGACAGACCCAUCGAAAUGUGUGGAGUACAACGCUUUAUGAGGCUCUGCGGCGUCCAAGGCGUGGCUCAUACUUUGAUCUCCA